CCAACCUCGCUAGAACGGCAACCGGCGGGAGUUUUUCAAAAUGGGAGCGCGGAGGCGCCGCCCAGGCCUCGGAAGGUGCCCGGGAGACCUUUCGGUGGCUGUGGUGUCGUCGCCGGGAGCGGCGGCCUAGAGAGCCGAGCCUGAUGGACGCCAAGACACGCUGCCUACUUGGAGCGCUGCCUCGAAAGGACUGCGUAAAGGGAGUUAAUCCAGGGAGCACGGACCGCGGCCUGGAAAUAUGGCGACCUGCAUCGGGGAGAAGAUCGAGGAUUUUAAAGUUGGAAAUCUUCUUGGUAAAGGAUCAUUUGCUGGUGUCUAUAGAGCUGAGUCCAUUCACACUGGUUUGGAAGUUGCAAUCAAAAUGAUAGAUAAGAAAGCCAUGUACAAAGCUGGAAUGGUACAGAGAGUCCAAAGUGAGGUGAAAAUACAUUGCCAAUUGAAACAUCCUUCUAUCUUGGAGCUGUAUAACUAUUUUGAAGAUAACAAUUAUGUGUACCUAGUAUUAGAAAUGUGCCAUAAUGGAGAAAUGAACAGGUAUCUAAAAAACAGAAGAAAACCAUUCUCAGAAAAUGAAGCUCGACACUUCAUGCACCAGAUCAUCACAGGAAUGCUGUAUCUCCAUUCUCAUGGUAUAUUACACCGGGACCUCACACUUUCUAACCUCUUACUUACGCAUAAUAUGAACAUCAAGAUCGCUGAUUUUGGGCUGGCCACUCAAUUGAAAAUGCCACACGAAAAGCACUAUACUUUAUGUGGAACUCCUAAUUACAUUUCCCCAGAAAUUGCAACUCGAAGUGCACAUGGACUUGAAUCUGAUAUUUGGUCCUUGGGCUGUAUGUUUUAUACGUUAAUUAUUGGAAGACCACCUUUUGACACUGACACCAUCAAGAACACAUUAAAUAAAGUUGUAUUGGCAGAUUAUGAAAUGCCAACUUUUUUGUCAAGAGAAGCCAAGGACCUUAUUCACCAGUUACUUCGUAGAAAUCCAGCAGAUCGUUUAAGUCUGUCUUCAGUAUUAGACCAUCCUUUUAUGUCCCGAAAUUCUUCAACAAAAAGUAAAGAUUUAGGAACUGUAGAAGACUCGAUUGAUAGUGGACAUGCCACAAUUUCUACUGCAAUUACGGCUUCUUCCAGUACCAGUAUGAGUGGUAGUUUAUUUGACAGAAGAAGACUUUUGAUUGACCAGCCACUCCCAAAUAAAAUGACUAUAUUUCCAAAGAAUAAAAAUUCAAGUGAUUUUUCUUCUUCAGGAGAUGGAAGCAGCCUUUAUACUCAGUGGGGAAAUCAAGAACAAGAAACCAGUAAUAGUGGAAGGGGAAGAGCAAUCCAAGAGGCAGAAGAAAGGCCACAUUCUCGAUACCUUCGUAGAGCCCAUUCCUCUGAUAGAUCUGGCAUCUCUAAUAGUCAGUCGCGAGCGAAAACGUAUACAAUGGAACGAUGUUACUCAGCAGAAAUGCUUUCAAAAUCCAAAAGAUCAGGAGUAGAUGAAAAUGAAGAAAGAUACUCAUCCACAAACAGCAAUGCUAAUAUUCUUCACUUCUUUAAAGAAAAGACAUCCAAUGGUUCUGGAUCUUUUGAAAGACCUGAUAACAGUCAAGCACUCUCCAAUCAUCUUUGUCCAAAAAAUGGAAAAACUCCUUUUCCAUUUCCAGACCAGACAGCUCAGACUGAAAUGGUGCAACAGUGGUUUGGGAAUCUGCAAAUAAAUGAUCCUUCUUCCGAACAAAGCAAGACGAGGGGUGUGGAGCCACCAUUGGGUUAUCAGAAACAUACAUUACGAAGCAUUACAUCUCCUUUGACUGCUUACAGGUUAAAACCAAUCAGACAGAAAACGAAGAAGGCUGUGGUGAGCAUACUUGAUUCAGAGGAGGUAUGUGUGGAGCUUCUAAAGGAGUAUGCAUCUCAAGAAUAUGUGAAAGAAGUUCUUCAUAUAUCUAGUGAUGGAAAUAUGAUCACUAUUUAUUAUCCAAAUGACGGAAGAGGUUUUCCUCUUGCAGAUAGACCGCCCUCACCUACUGACAACAUCAGUAGGUACAGUUUUGACAAUUUACCAGAAAAGUACUGGCGAAAAUAUCAAUAUGCUUCCAGAUUUGUGCAGCUUGUAAGAUCUAAAUCUCCCAAAAUCACUUAUUUUACAAGAUAUGCUAAAUGUGUUUUGAUGGAGAAUUCCCCUGGUGCUGAUUUUGAGGUUUGGUUUUAUGAUGGAGCAAAGAUACACAAAACAGAAGAUUUAAUUCAGGUGAUCGAAAAGACUGGCAAAUCUUACACCUUAAAAGGUGAAAGUGAAGUUAAUAGCUUGAAAGAGGAAAUAAAAAUGUAUAUGAACCAUGCUAAUGAGGGCCACCGUAUUUGUUUAGCACUGGAAUCCAUAAUUUCAGAAGAGGAAAAGAAAAGUGGAAGUGCUCCCUUUUUCCCAAUAAUUGUAGGAAGAAAACCUAGUAGUACUAGUUCACCUAAGGCCUUAACACCUCCUUCUGUGGAUCCAAACUACCCAAUGAGAGAGACACCAUCUCUGAAGAGAAUGAUCAUAAAUAGUGCAGCUUCUCCAAAACAGGCACCAAUACUUAAUCCUUCUAUGGUUACAAAUGAAGGACUUGGCCUUGCAAGUGCAGCUUCUGGAACUAACAGCUCUCCUAGUAGUCUAAAAGAUUGUCUCCCUAAAUCAGCACAACUUUUCAAGUCUGUUUUUGUGAAAAAUGUUGGUUGGGCUACACAGUUAACUAGUGGAGCUGUGUGGGUUCAGUUUAAUGAUGGGUCCCAGUUGGUCGUGCAAGCAGGAGUGUCUUCUAUUAGUUAUACAUCUCCAGAUGGUCAAACAACUAGGUAUGGAGAAAAUGAAAAAUUACCAGAAUACAUCAGACAGAAAUUACAGUGUCUUUCUUCCAUCCUUUUGAUGUUUUCUAAUCCAACUCCUAGUCUUCAUUGAUUAAAGCUCCUUUUAGAUAUAUAUAUGUUUAAUAAAUAACGUUUUUGUUGGCUUUCAAGUAAAGUGACUUUUUUCAUUUUAAAAAACUUCUUCAGAAAGCCUUUCUAUAAAAGAGAAUUUUAAUCUAUACCAUAACAGAUGUAUUCUAAUGAGAGAACAAAGCAGAAUGAAACUUGAGUCACUUACAAAAUGUGGUCGUAGACUAAAAUAGGACACCUAACUUUGCUCUUAGAACAUAUACUCCUAAAAUUACUGUGUUGACAUAUUUGUAUUGAACAAUCUUUUAAAGCAAAAAUAUAAAUGGUGUGUGGUAUAUUUGUGCUUCUAUUUUUUUCCCUACUUCUUAGACAUGUUAAGAAUCAUGGACAAAACAUGCUGGAGUUUCUGAAUUUUGAACAUGUAAAUAAUGUGUAUUUAUGUUACAAGUAACAUAUGUAAACAUGUAUAUUUGUUUUAUAUUUAUUUUUGUAGCACUAGUUUGUGAUGAAACAUUUCUGAAAAUGCAUUUUAUUAAAAAAUAAUAAAUA